AUGAACUCAAGGAGGUUCGGGUCUGUUCAUUUUAAUGACGUCAUCAACUGGUGUCCGCUUAGCUUAGUUCAACCAUCAUGGGUCUUCCUCGCCUCCUCUGCAGAGACCAUCGACUCAACAGAUCCGCUCUGUUUGAUGGCAUUGAGGAGGGCGGAAUCAGAGCCUCCUCAUCCUUCGCCUCCCGUGAGAUUGACGAUCACGACAAUGACAAAGCCCUCAACAGCUUGCAUGACAGAGUAAACAUACUAAAAAGGGUGAAUAUCCUCGUCUCUCUUUGGCUUGAUGUUUGCUUCUAGAGCUUGGAAUCCUUCCAUCAAUUGCUAUUUCACGGGGUUCUUCACUCUCUUUCAGUUGACUGGCGACAUACAUGAGGAGGCUGAGAGCCACAACCGCAUCCUCGAUCGAAUGGUAGAUCAUCUCUCUCUCUCUCUCUCUCUCUCUCUCUCUCUCUCUCUCUCGCUAAUUUCUUUUUCUGGGUGGGUUCAGGGGAACGCUAUGGAUGCAUCGAGGGGAGCGCUCUCAGGGACCGUGGAUCGAUUCAAGACGGUAAGCCUGCAGUGAAGGCUCGAGGGGAAGGGAGGGCUGACUUCAAUGUCUGAGGCGCUGACUCCCAGUCCGUAUUCUCUCCAUCGAUCGCAGGUGUUCGAGUCUAAAUCGGGUCGGAGAAUGGUCACCCUUGUCGCAUCCUUCCUCGCCCUCUUCCUGCUCAUAUACUACCUGACCAGAUAA